GUCAAACCAUCUGUCUUAGCUUCUUAAUUGAGUUGAUCUAAUUCGCUCUCCGCAUUUGUUGCCAUUAAAGUUCUGCUCUUCUCUUGGAACUGUCCGGGAAAGUCUUUAACCGUCAAAAUCAAAAUUACCGUGCGAAGUCCCCGGAUUACGCCCCGCAAUCCUAUAACCUAGCUAUGGCCCCGCCAACAGCAAAACAGGGGGUUUUAUGACGGUAAUGCCUCGAUAACAAAACAAUUUUCAUUUCUUUAAGAUAAUAUUACGGCCUUUUCCCGUCAUCAGCUCAUAAUUGAGAGAAGUCGUUACGAGAUUCCAAUUCUAGAUUUCGAACUUGGUCGGUCGCCUCACAUUGGUUGUAACGUGUAUGUUCAGAAACUCUCUUGUCCGCCGACUCUACCCUCUGCAACCGAGAAGAAUGCUUCAUCAUUUGAUGGUGGGAACUUGGACCCCUCCAGGUGCAAUUUUUACCAUUGAGUUUGAUGAUGAAGCAUUAACUUUGAAAUUGCUCAAGAGAACACCAAUUCCAGAAGAUGAGCCAAUUUCCUGGAUGACUUUUGAUCAUGCGAAGAAAAACAUAUAUGGAGCUUCAAUGAAGAAGUGGUCAAGUCAUUCUGUCACAAGCCCUGCAGAAAUCCAACAUACCACUUCACAUCCUAUGUCCCAUGACCCAUCUGCAUCGAAAUCUGAUACGAGAACAAGAGCGAUUUUCUGCUUAGCAUCAAAGAAAGCACCUUAUAAUGUUUACGGCAAUCCAUUCUACGAAUUCGCUGGGCAUGGAAAUGUCUUCUCUGUUGAUGAAAAUGGCGCAUUGAAGGAGAACAUUCAAAAUUAUGAAUACAGUCCCGAAUCCGCAAUACACGGCAUGGUGUUUGACGCAGAAGAGAAUUAUCUCUAUUCUGCAGACAUGUGGGGGAACAAAGUAUGGACACAUAAAAAAGAUAGCCAAACAGGUUUACUUGAGUUGGUGGGAAGUGUAGACGCGCCAAAGAAAGGAGAUCAUCCUCGAUGGGUUGAAAUACAUCCAAACGGAAAAUACCUUUAUGCUUUAAAUGAGGCAGGAAACAAUUUGGCAGUUUAUGUCAUUGAUGAGAAAACUCACCUGCCAGUAUUCACAAACAUUACAUACCCUCUGGUACCUCCAGGGGUUCCGAAUUUGAAGUUGUAUCGAUCCGACGUUGUUUUCAUAUCACAUAGUGGCAAAUAUCUCUUUGCGACAUCACGAUCGAACGAUUUCAAGGUUACAGGUUACAUAGCAGUGUUCAAACUCGGACCAGCUGGAAACAUCGAACGACAGAUUUGUUUGAAUCCAACACCAACAAGCGGAGGCCAUUCGAAUGCGGUUAGUCCUUGUCCUUGGAGUGAUGAGUGGCUGGCUUUGACCGACGAUCAAGAUGGUGGAUUUGAAAUUUAUAGAUGGCACGAGGAGUUUUUGUAUCGAGUUGCGAGAAUUGAUAUCCCGGAACCUGGUUUUGGCAUGAAUGCCAUUUGGUAUGAUUGAAGAAUAUGAAGAAUAUAGAAGAAUAUAGAAACAAAGAUAAACGAUGCUCAUCAGUUAGCAUACUCACUCGUACACGACAUGGAGUGUAAAUUGUAGAAAUGUAAUUAUACAAAAAAUCCACCGAGGACUUCUUACCACAUGUUAAUUGGAAACCA